GACCAAAUUGGUCGCUACGAUAGAUGGCGGGAACAUGUGAUUUGGUACCAUGUUGGAUGUAUUAGGUUUCAAAGUAGUGAAAUCCAUCUUAUGAUUAAACUCCUUCGUUUUGUUCUGUGGCUCUCACCGUCGUCCACAGAUCAAAUAUUUCCUAACUCAACAGGGUAAUCUGCCAAACUAAUAUACCUACAAAGUUUUUCCAAGUUAUAGCGUCCGGCAAGUCUCAGAUUUUUAUAUAAGUUGAAUUAUAUAGGAAUGAGUUUCUUGUAAAUAGGCUUUGUACGCACAUUAAGUUAUUUAAAUUCUAUUUCUUAUGAGAUUGUCAUUUCAAUGUAGGUAUCGCUUCAUGAUCGCGCUACUGAAUCCUGAAUCAUAUUUAAUUUUAAAGAUCAGAGUAACUAGUUUAAUUUCACUCAUUUGAUUCAAUAGAGUAUGCCUUACAUUUGAUUACGGCGAUGAUAAAACUGACCUGAUUAAAAAAUGUCCAAAAUGUAAGAUUUCAUUGGUGUAGACGAUUACUGAUUGACGUUUACCUCCUAGCCUUCAUCUGUGCUUCAUGCAAGCCAAAACCUUGGAGUCUCCAUCCUGCCAUAAGUUCACCACUUGGGAACUUAUUAUAAAUAAAUAUGCAUCUUGAAAAAAUCACAUCUCAUGGCGAUAUUAACGUAUGGAUACUUUCACAAGGAACUACUUAGUAGAUGUUUGCUUAAAACCAAGCAGGAUAGAACAAAUUAUAACACUUGUUUGACCAGGUGUAUGAGAAAUAACGACAAGCUUUUGAUUAGCACAGGUGGCACAAAAUUUGCUAGAUUAGGAUUCUUUAAUGGAACAUAACUUUCAUAAUAAGAUCAUUAAGCUGCCAAGUGAGGAAAUCAAAUCUAGUUAAACCCAACCAAACACACCUCUGCCCGUUGACAGCUGAAGUAUUUUGAGGUCUUACCCCCUCAAAAUUACUGCCAAUCGGCUCAAUAAAACUUGGGCUAUCAGGGCUUUUGACAGAACGUAGGUAAUCUAGAUCUUGGACUAUCCAAGACUAUUUUCGGUUCAUACGCCAUUUGUUCCCCCAGGGUGCUGAAGCCCAUGUUCUUCAUUGGUAUGGAAUCGCGGUUUUCCAACUCUCAUAGGUGGACUCGCCGUGUCCAACCCGGUUAAAGCGCCGGACAUUCGCUUUUCGUCCUCUUAAUUUCGUGAACAACACCCCCGUCGGGAGAAAGCAGUGAGUAGGACUUCCCUGGCAGAGGCUAUAUAAGCGUUGCCAUGUGAGAGUAUUUCGAGAGGGAGAGUGGACUCUCCCCACUCUCGGCCGUACCAGGGCAUUUGGAGGCCAACAAAGUUCCAGGUAAUAUAAACCCGUUGGUUUCCUUGUAUCCCCGUGUAAAUUUUAGGUAUGUGUAUAUGAUGAGUUAGAGUUUCAAAAUCCACGUUCUAAGAAGGUUCAAAAGUUUACGGCAUUUUGGGUUACUAUAUUUAUUCAAGAAAUAUCAACGGUAUUGAAAAGUAAAACCAUUGUUCAACUUCCUUUCAUUGUAAGGAAAUGUUGGGAAUACCUCAUGAGUUUAGUAAUAAUAUUGAAGAGUUGUAAUUAUUAAGCUUGUUAAACCCUGCUGCAUGUACUCGAUAUGUGUAUGUCAGUAGGUAGGUUGAAACAUAAUGCCAUUAAACCAACUAGUUUCAUCCUUUAAGAACAAAAUAACUUCGGAAAUUUCUUAUCAUAGAGGGCGGUGUAAGUGCUGAAACCACUUUAUUUUACCAUUCAUGGGUGAUGUAAACCGUUCAUUUCUUGCAUAAUUCCAGUUCACUUGCUGUGCACUGUAGCUGCUCACACUGUCUAGUCAUAUUUUCCCCCUUUCAGGUCCUCAUAUUACAUGUCUUCGAAGCUGGUACCUGGAAAGAACAAAUCCGGAUUGCAAGACUAUUUUAUUUUGCUAUUUCUACUGAUUUAAAACUUCAGUUUUUUAAUGUUGAGGAAUCGUGUGUGCUUAGCUGCUAUCGGAGUUAUUCCGUUAAUUUUAGUCACAUUUUUCCUUGUCUUCGAUGUGUGCAGUGAACACUGUCACAAUGACGGUAAUUUGAGUAUCUUCGUUAAUUUAAUUAAUAAAGUCUUUUUGGAGGCUAAACUUGGUAAACCCUCUUAUGCUAGAUGGGCGAAUACGUCAAUUACUUUAAUCUGCUCUGGAAAAGGAUAUGUAGAUUCCUCCGUGCAUGUAUUAUUUUUUUUUCAGACAAGUGUUAUGUGGUAUUCUGUGCGGAAGGUUUACAAAAUGGCUAUUGGAUGUCUUAAAAACGAACAUAGGCAGUUACAGUUAGAUUGGUUUCCUAAUGUUCCUGAAAUAAUUGCUACUUACGUUUCAUAUGAAAAGCGAAUUCGUCAAGUGUGUAUAUUUUCUUUAUCAAAUGGAAUUCUAUCUUCCGGGGUUUCAGUAGAAGAACUAAAUGAUCAAUCAGUUGAUAUGAUGCUGACUACGACAGUAUAUUUUCUGCCAAAUUCAAUAAUUACUAAUGUAUUUUUUAUCUGCAAACAGGGUGAAGUGCGAAAUGGAACUUGCCACAGUCAAUUGGGUAACGGCACAUUUUAUAAUGGUGAAAAAAACAUAUAUAAGAACAACGAAUUUUAUAAAAUAACCGAUAAAGUUGUUCCUACACAUAUGGGAAAACACGAAUGUUUCGCGAAAAUCAAUGGUACCUAUUACGUUGUGUCAGUUAUUUUCUCAAACAUAAUUGACUGGGUGUACCCAGAUUCAGUCUCCUAUCGUUUCAUGGGCGAACAAAUGUGUGGGUCAGAUAUGUGCAUUCAGGCUGCUAAUCAAGGCUACAUGCUGUGUGAUGCUGGGAUCCAUGAUUGCUACGUAGUGAAUAACUCUUAUCAGUGUAAAAAAGGAGUUCCACUAAUAGAUUCCUGUGAGUAUUUGGCUAAAGAUUUCAAUUGGUCUUGUCCACAUGUUUCCAGAAAUUCCCCUGAGAUUGCCGAUUACGGACGGAGUCUUCAUAGUAUUUCCUACAAUGCCAAAACUCUGUAUCGCAUAAAUCCAGAUUAUAUUCUGAAUUUCACGUCUAAAUUCACUGAUGAUGAGAUCAGACAACAGCUUGCUCGCAACAGUGUUUCUGAACGUCGUUCAGUUGCCAGUCAGUUACUUGACAGCAUGAGGUUUGCAUUAGAUAUGUCUCCAACCAUGGUUACAUCCGGUUAUAAUUGGUCUACAAACUUGACUGCGAAUUCUGAAUUUCUGUCAACUUCAACUUCCAAAAAGCUAAAAACAGUCUCCGUAUUUCUCCAUUUAAUCGCGGAAAUCGCCCGCCAAACCCCUUCUGUUAUCGAUUUAUUAAGAUCCGGCAAAGAAACUGAAAAGAGUUUACGGUUUUGGCAUUUAUCUUCAGAUACCGCCAACAUAACAAUGAAUAGUUCACAAGGGAAGGUGAUCAAGUUUUCCAUUAAACCAAAGCAAUCAGAAAUGCAUGAUACAUUCAUCGCUGUAAUUCCAGCUGCCAACUUUCCAGGAGUUCUGAUACAACUAGACAAUAUCAAAAAAAUGACAACACCUUCCCUAGACUCAGAUGUUGUAUUGGUCGACACAAACAACGGUCUAUCUUUCACUCUAUCUGUGGAUUUAUCUCAGAAACCGAAUAUUACUGUAUCAUGUGAACAACUAAAACAGGAUCCCAAAUUUAAAGAACUUUGGAAUGAUGGGAAUUGCAAAACAAUUGUCGUCGGUUCUAAUUUUGAAUGCCAAUGUCUUCCAGCUCAGGGUGGAACAUUCGCGAUCGCUUUGGUUUACUGGUUAGGGUCGUCACAUAUUCCAUUAACACAUGUGUACUCCAUAAGUAUUGUGAAUUAUAUUUUUAUUUUCGUAACUAUUGUCGCUUUAUUCCUGUUUUUAAUAUUCACCCGUUUCAUUGGAGUUUUCAGGUUGGAUCAAUUCAACAUAGCUUUUUGUUUAAUGGUUAGCGCAAUUGUUUCUUUGGCGAUUCCACAUACAACGGACAGUCAACCAAUUUUGUGCUCUAUCAUCGCUGUUGCUGUUUGCUAUUUCCCGUUGGCAGCUUUUUCAUGGAAAUUUAUAUUCGGGUUGAAUACAUUAAUAUUAAUCAUUGCACCACAUUCUCGUUACCAUGAUCUUGUUUCUAAACCGAAAAAUUGUUUGCCGUUGGUCUGGAUAGGUUAUUUGAGUCCUGCGAUUAUUAUUGGGACAUGGUUUGGCUACACAGGAGAAGUUAGUAACAGUGGUCUCUGCAUUGGUCCUAAAACUCUUCGUUGGUCUUUCGUUGGUCCAAUAACAACAGUUGUUAUUUUUAACUUCGUUAUUUUGUUUGUAGUCGGUCUCGUCCUUCUCAGAAAUUAUCUUGUUACUCGCAAAAGUAAAUUAAAUAAAACAACCCACUUUUUAGUGCUGACACAGUUAAUGCUAACGUUAGGAAUUCCAUACAUUGCAAUUUACAUUCAGCUAUUGGACGCUUUCACUAUGCUAAUUGUUGUACCAGUUGCAAUGGCUCUAACAGCUGUACUUAUGUUUCUCCUGGUCGCCGUUUUUGAUGAGGAAAAUCGUCAUUUACUACGAUCCUUUAUUUACACACACAUCGCACGUUCAAGCGAGCACAGCUCUGGGAAAAUGGCAUUGAGAAAUCAAUGUAGGAGUGAAAUUGAGUCAACUUUUAAAAAAUCUCCUCUCCAUCAUAUAGAGAGGGAUCACUUUUCGUCAAAUUAUUUAAGCACACACGUUUUAUGCAACCCAGAUAACGAAAAAAGGGUCUAUCAACAUGAUAACACAAUUAGAAGGAAAACACAAGAAUAUAGUUCAAGUAUUGCCUCACCUGAAACUGGUAAUUCAGUUGUACUUUACGAUUCGAGACAACUAAAUGGGGAGUUAUUUAAUGACAUUUCGUGCACUGAAGAAGACCGCACAGUCAACAAUCUAAAGAAUGAUGGUGAUGUCAAUCUUGGUUUUCCAAAUAAUCAAAUACAUGCUUUGCCUUCUUUCAACGGUCUAGUCACUCGAAUGUAAAGAUUUACAAUGCGUACGUGAAAACGUAACUCAGUUAUCCAUUUUAACAGCCAUCAGGUUGUUUCUAUCCGAAAAAGAUUUAUUCGUGAAAGCGAGAUCACCGGUUUCUGUUAGUUCAUAUCUUACUUUUUACCAAUAAUGAAACGUUCACUUAUCUUGUAUGUCUUAAUUUUCUGAUCUUUUCUUUCUAAAACCUGCGCAUUUUAAGUGGGCAUAUUUCAUUUGUUUGCUGUUUCCUUAUUUAUGCGCACACGAUAAAUUUCGAUUUAUAAAACACUAGAAAUUGAUUUUACAGAUUUUUUUUACUUACUGUUGUAUUAUUUGUAUAUAUUAUUCCUCAAUGUAUUGAACUAAUCUGCGAUCUGCAUAAGCUCCAUUUUGCGUGAAACUAAUUUUCGAAACUAUUAACUUGCCACAUAAUGCAUGCACAAAUGGGUUGAUUUUGAUUUUUUAAAAUAUUUAUUGUUUGCAUAAUUUUUUAUGAUCAGCAAUUACAUAUACCUUCUUCGCCACAAUAUCGUUACUUCAUUCUUAUAAUAUUUCGUGGGUACUCGGUAUAUUAAUAAAUACAAAAACCGAAAUUUCCCAAGGCUUUAUUAGAUUUACAGCUGUUUCUACUAAAACAAUAACUAUAACACUAACUUAUACAAGUAGGAAACGUUUAAAUAACAUCUCAAGAUUUACUCGGAUUUGUAGAAAACGGAUAUUUCAUAUUCUUUUUCCCUUUUGAUACCCAAUGCACUUUUUCUUUGGCUCAAACAGAAGCUCAUUUCUUGAAAGUGAGGCAAAGUAUCAUGUAGUAUUUUGCAAAAUACAAAGUGUGAGGAAAACAAUAAAUCAGUGCCUUUCUAAAUAAAUAUUCACAUUCAUAAAUCAAAAUUAACAAUCCAAAAUAUUUACGGUUUAUUUAUAAAUCCCACAAAUCAAAUGAGCGAUGGGACGUCUGACCAGUCUUCAAUGUAUUCGUCGUACAUUCUUGGGGUUGUGGAUUGUUUUUUGAUGCGAAGAAACGAUUCCUUACUUUUUGAUGAUAUGUCUCUAGAGAGUUCACUUAAAGUGGCGUUUGGCUUAUUAAAAUCCUGGACAAAAAUAUGAUUUCUGAAAGUUUAACAAGGCAAAAAUAGUGACAAUUUUUUAGACGGAGAAGAAAUUGAUUUUUUUCGUUACAUAUGUAACAAUAUAAGAAAUACUACAACAAAAACAAUCCUUGUAAUCAAUUAUUUCUAGAUUUAAAAGGAUUCAGGUUUGAAAACACAUUAUUUAAAUUUAGCACAUAUGCAAACGAAUAUAAAGCGUAUAAAAGCCAAACACAACAAUUGAAACUAAAAAUCAAAGGAAAUUACAAAAAUUUAUCAAAAAAGUUGUGGAUUAAUUACAAAAACAUUUCACGUAUACAACCUACGUUUUUUUUGUUUUUUCGUGAGAACUAUGUUCACUAUUUGCUGAUAUUCUGAUAUCCCGGGAUGCCUGUGUAUAAAUUUAGCAAAAAUAUUAUUAACAUACUUUACUAGUGAUC